AUGACACCCACAUUUGCUGAUGUCCUGCAUAAACUGAUAAACUCUUCUGAUAAUGAGCACGAGCCCCUGACCAACUUCAUCAAUGGUUCUUUUGUUGGCUCAGAUUACCUUAUCGGUUCGGAUAGACCAGCUACUGGAAAACAAUGGAUUCAGUACGUUUUUGGUUGAUUUCCAAUAUUUCUUUGAAAAUUUGCAUUGGAAGAAAAAGUCAAAAAGUCACAUUUGUUUCCAACUUUCAUCAUCAUCAUCAUACUUUCGAUCUCACUUGAUUUUGUUUCAUUGACAGAAUUUUGCUAAACAUUUGAUAACCGCUAAAAAUUUAUUAAGUUUGUUGUUUGAACAUUAGAAGAGAAUACGAAAAUUUUUGAUCGUUUGCUGUAAAAAAGAAGUGAAAUAUUUUUGAGCCACGAAAUUCGGAAUUUUUUUUCGGUUGAUUGCAUGCUUUUUCUUUCUCCGAGCCUUUUUUCUUUUCAUUAACUACUUCAAUGAUUAAUUAGGCUUAAUAGGGAAAACAAUUGAACACAUUCCGAAAUUUUAAUUCAGAGGUUUGGCCAUAGGAAGACGAAAUCUCUUGAAAUUUUUUAAAUUUCUGCUUUUUUUCAGGAUACCAAAUGCCACAAAAGAAGAAGUCGACAGCGCAGUCGAUGCAGCACAUAAGGCUUUUCAACUGUAAUUUCUCCAAUUAAAAUAAAAUUCUACUGAAAACUUCAGCUGGAAGAAAACGUCGGUUGGCUUUCGAGCAAAACUACUCAAUAAGCUCGCAGAUUUGAUAGAAGCGCAUCUCGAACAGUUUGCCAUUCUGGAGAGCAGAGAUCAAGGAAAACCAGUGGCUCUCGCAAGGUUUUUAAUUUCGAAAGUUUUUAACAGUACUGUCUAUCCAGAACGGUCGAUAUUCCCCGAUGUAUCCACAACUUCCGAUAUUUCGCUUCGGCCAUGCAGCAUCACGUUUCUCCGUAUGGAUUUUCGUUCAAAGUUUGUCAUCCUACAAAAUUUUCAGCUCGACCAUUCUCGAAGAGCCAACCAGGGCAUUGAAUUAUGUCAAAUACGAUCCAAUAGGAGUUGCAGGCCUCAUAAGUCCAUGGAACUUGCCUUUGUACCUGGUUUGAAUUUCCCUCGCUUUGUAAAUGUUUGAAGUUUCAGCUUUCAUUUAAAAUGGCGCCAGCUUUGAUCACUGGGAAUACAAUUGUAUGUAAACCCAGUGAACUGACGAGCGUCACUGCUUGGGCCAUGAUGCACGCUGUUGUUCAGGCAGGUGCGUAAAAAUUCACUUGCUACCUUUUUUGACGAUCAAUGAGCGUUUCAUUGAAUCCUUUUGUUUUUUUUUCUUUUUAAAAAAAAAGUUCGAUUUUAGUGUUAAAGUUUCAAUAACUUGGAAAAAAACUUUUAUGUUUUUGGAUAAACCGUUUAAAAAUUUUUUUGUUGUUAGCUACAAAAAGCCAGAUCCGAGGUUAAUCUGAAUCCAUUUUGUGUUGAAUUUUUAUCCUAGUCCCUGAAAAAUUGAAUCUUCAGGGUUUCCGCCUGGCGUUGUGAACUUGGUAAUUGGCAAAGGUGAUGUCGCCGGAAACACUCUAGUCACUCAUCCUCUGACUCCUCUGAUCAGCUUCACUGGAAGUUAGUUGAUCUUCUUAUUUUCAACUUAUCAAGUGUUUUUGUUAUUAAUAAUUUUUUUUCAAAAGAUUUAAGUCACUUUUUCAAUUUUUUUGUGGAAAAGGAUAUCUCUACUUGGGGUGUUCCUGAAACGAGGAUUAUUAAAUUCUGAAUAUUUUUCAUUUUAAUCGGCUCAUAUUAGUUUGUCGUUUGACUUUAAUAGAAAAUAUAUGAAGAACAUAAAAAAAUAUCUUAUUUUUUUGAGGUACCCUCAUCGGCAAACGAAUUGGCGAAUUAGGAGCCAAGUUGAACAAAAAAGUGUCCUUGGAAAUGGGUGGUAAGAACGCGGCUGUUAUCUACGCAAGCGCCAAUUUGGAUCGAGAUCUACCGCUAAUUACCCGGUUCAAAAAAUGAUCGGGGUUGUAUAACAAGAAAAGAUUACAGAUCAUGUUUCUUGAACCAAGGAGAAAUCUGCUUGUGUACCAGCCGCAUUUUCGUUCAGAGAUCCAUCGCUGAGGAUUUUCUGAGCAGAUUGGUUGAACAAGCUCAAAAGGUGAAGCUCAAAAUUCAACUGUUUUCAAGUGGAAAUAGAAAAAUUAAAAAAGCUCACACUAGGAAAGGUUUUACUUUACAUUUUACUUGACAUUUUUUCGAGAAACAUUUUUCAAUUUUUUUGAAAAUCUCGCUUUUUUUGUUAUGAAAGUUGCUCUAAGACUAUUGUUAUCAAAAAGAAAUUCACAGAACAUGGUUUUUUUUUCAGCUCACUGUUGGUGAUCCCAAUAAGCAGUUCGACCUCGGAGCAAUGAACUCCAAAGUUCAUUUUGACAAAGUAAGCAAUUAUCAUCCGAACAGAUAUAGAAAUUUUUAAAGGUCUGUCGAUAUAUCGCGUCGGCCAAAAAAGGAGGCGGUACAGUGCACUGUGGAGGAGUUGUCAAGCUUGAAGGACCUCAUUCCGAGGUUAUUCAGUUUGAUUAUUGGGUUUGAACAUUUUUCAGGGUUUCUUUAUCGCGCCCACUGUUAUUUCUGGCCUUGCAGACGACAGCGACUGCAUGACGGAAGAAAUAUUCGGACCAGUCGUUUGUGUCGCAGUUUUCGAUGAAAUGGAGGUAAAUUAAUACUUUUGAAUAAACGCAUAACGUUUUUUGAUCAUCAGAAAAUGACAUUAUUUCGGCCGCAAUCAAAAAGAAGCACAAAACUUUUCUUUAUAUCCUUGGUUUUGAAACCAACAACCUUGGGAAACAAAAAUAUUAUGUUGAGGUUUUAAAUCUUCUGAGUUGUUAUCUGUUACACAUGAUUCUCAUUGAUAAGAAAGAGUAACGGAAGUUUCCAAAUUUUUAGGAAGUGGUCGAAAGAGUAAACGAAUCUGAGUACGGACUUUCCGCAACUGUCUGGAGCACUCAUUCGGAAGAACUGAUGAAUACAGCCAACUCGCUCCGAGUCGGUACAGUUUGGUGCAACACUUGGAUGGUAAGAGAAAAACAAACUUGA